ACGUGGGAGGAGGUGUAUGGAGGAGCUGCGUCGGCAAACUUAAAGUUUCCAUUCCCCGCGUCCCGCGUCCUAACAAAAUCCAAAAAGGUCUUAUCUUGUGCUUAUCUCAGAACAGAUCACUACACGGUUCUCACUUCACACAGCUUCACUCUUCUAUUGAGACAAUGGAGGGAUUGAUCAAAGGUUUGAUCGACGUUGCGCUUGGCGGUGGUGGCCGCGAUGGAGAAAAUGAGGAUCGAGAUGAACGCUCCAGAUCCAGUUGGGCCCAGGUGGUGUCAGGGGAGCAGGAUAACGAUGAUCGUACACAUGGCCAUAAUCCUCCGAAUCAGUGGAGAAGACAGGAGGAGAGUCAACAAGAGCACGACGGCUGGGAGGUUUCGGGUUCAAGACCUUCCAGCAGACCCCACAAGGCUGAGUAUGGGGGAUAUGAAAAGGAUGAAGGUGGCGACCACCAUGGUUAUAGCCAAAGUGAAUGGAGCAGAAAGGAACAAGAUAAUGAGAAUAAUGAUGGCUGGGAAACUGUUGGCAGAAAGCCUCAAAGACGACCACACAAGGUUCGGAUGGAUCACUGGCAAGGAUAUAAACGAUCUCCUAGUGAGCAAGAAUACUCUGAUGAGGUUGAAACUGGUACUAGCAUAGAACCUUCUGAAGAGGAACUUGCUGACUUGUCACAAGCUUGCAACAGGCUGUGGCAACUCGAUUUAAACCGUUUGGAACCUGGAAAGGAUUAUCAGAUUGACUGUGGUGAAGGGAAGAAGGUUUACCAAAAGCAAGAUAUGGCAGAAGGAAGUCUGUUUUAUUCGUUAAGCGAAGACAUAUUUAGAAGACCUACAUUUUCUCGGUUCUGUUCUCUCUUAGAUAAUUACAACCCAAACGCUGGGUGCAAAGAAGUUGUUACAUCUGAGGAGAAACAAGAGCAGUCUGCUUUCAUAGAAGAAAUCAGUAGAACUGCACCAAUUAAAUAUCUUCACAAGUACCUCUUUUUGAAGGGCAUUGUAUCUGAAAACUAUCAAGAUUUCAAAAGAAUGAUGACGAAGCUAUGGUUUGAUCUUUAUGGUCGAGGUGGUACAUCCAGUUCCUCUUCUGCCUUUGAACAUGUUUUUGUUGGAGAAAUCAAGCAACAGGGUGAGCAAGAAGUUACUGGCUUCCACAAUUGGAUUCAGUUUUACCUAGAAGAAGCAAAAGGAAGAGUUGAUUAUCAAGGUUAUAUAUUACCCCGAAGACGAGGGGAAACUCCGGACUCUGAAACACAGUUGCUUACAAUUCAGUUCGAAUGGAAUGGGGUUCUCAAAUCUGUGUCAAGUACUUUCAUUGGGGUGAGCCCAGAAUUUGAAAUUGCUCUCUAUACUCUGUGUUUCUUUGUGGGUGGAGAGGAUAACUAUGUGCAGCUGGGUCCAUACUCUGUUAAUAUCAAGUGCUACCGAUUCGGAGAUAAAAUCGGUUCUGUAUUUCCAAUAGCAGAAUGUUGAUUUUCGGCUCUGUGAAUUAUUAUUAUCCAUAAGCUACUGAAAGGCUAAGACAUAUGUUAAUGUUACCGUAUAACAUAAGUUUAUGAUAUCGUAAUGAAUGUUAUUUCUUGAAUAAUUUCCUAAUUUGGUAAUAUGUGUGUAAAACUUACAAACAAUGUUGAUAAGCAUUCGCUUCGGCUUAAUAUUAUGUCGAUUCAAA